GGCGUCACGUGCGUUAUGUGAAGAUGGCGGACGCUCUCCCGGAGGAGCUGGAUGUGGUCAUCCUGGGUACAGGUCUGCAAGAGUCCAUUAUUGCAGCUGCUUGUUCUCGAAUUGGCCAGAGAGUUCUUCAUGUUGACAGGAGGAAUUAUUAUGGAGGCACCUGGGCAAGUUUCAGCUUUUCUGGAUUAUUGUCUUGGAUCAAAGAAUGCAAAUGUAUCCUUCCUUAACUAUGGAGACAAGCUGCACACAGUAUACCAGGAACACACUACUGACACAACAGAAGCUGAUUGGAAAGAUAAGAUACUAGAAGGAGAAGAUGCCAUUCAACUUGGUCUGGUCGAUAAAUCUAUUGAGAAUUUGGAAGUCUUCUGCUAUGCAAGCACAACGACAGACGAAGAUGUUACAGAAGUAGGAUCUCUUGAAAAUAAGCAAUCAAAUAUGGAUUCUAACACUGGAGCAGCGAAUGCAGGAAUGAAAAAUCAAGAUGAGAGAAAUCAAACACACACAAUUCUAAGCAGUGGUGAUGCAGAAUCUCCUCUAGAAAACAAAGAUUCCUCACACUCUAAGGAGGAAGUUUCUACUGAGAAAAUUGAAUCAGAGGACAAACCAUGUUCUUGUAAUAUUCCUUCAUCUGUAGCCACUGAAAUAUCUCUGGACACAAAAGGGAUCGCUGAUGGUAUAGCUACAAUUGAAGUGGAAACUGGCAAUGUAAACCAAUCUAUUGAUACCUCUGAUCAACAAGUGAAGAAAGAAGAAAAAAUAACAACUUAUUCACAAAUUGUAAAGAAUGGCAGGAAAUUUAACAUCGACUUGACCUCCAAGUUUCUGUAUUCCUGUGGCUCCUUGGUCAACCUUCUUAUCAAAUCCAAUGUCAGUCGGUAUGCAGAAUUCAAAAAUAUUACCAGGAUACUUACUUUUCAAGGAGGAAAGGUUGAACAGGUACCGUGUUCCCGAGCAGAUGUGUUUGCCAGCAAACAACUCACUAUGGUGGAGAAACGAAUGCUGAUGAAAUUUCUUACAUUCUGUUUGGAAUAUGAGCAACACCCAGAUGAAUACCUAGACUUUCAGGACAGUAGGUUUUCAGAUUAUUUGAAGACAAAGAAAUUAACUGCAAAUCUACAACAUUUCAUUCUGCAUUCCAUCGCUAUGGUGUCUGAAAUUGCUUUGACCACUGAGGGACUCAAAGCAACUCAGCACUUCCUACAGUGCCUUGGGCGCUAUGGGAACACGCCAUUCCUCUUUCCCUUGUAUGGUGUUGGAGAAAUACCACAAUGCUUCUGCAGGAUGUCUGCAGUCUUUGGCGGAACGUACUGUUUACGACAUUCGGUGAAAUGCCUGGUGGUCGACAGAGAAACAUCGAGGUGUAAAGCUGUUGUUGACAGUAAUGGCCAUCGCAUAAGCUGUCAAUAUUUUGUUGUGAAUAAUAGCUACCUACCUGAGGAACAUGUUAAAAAUGUACAAUACAGGUAUAUUUCAAGAGGAGUUCUUAUAACAAAUUCUUCUAUCCUGAAAUCCACUUCUGAGCAGAUAUCUAUUUUGACUGUACCUGCAGUGGAAAAAGGUCAACCGUCUAUCCGAAUCAUUGAGCUCUGUCCCUCUUCAAAUACCUGUCCACAGGGCACCUAUCUGGUUCACCUAACUUGUCCGUCAAAUGGAACUGCCAAAGAAGACUUGGAACCUGUUGUGUCCACACUGUAUGCCCAGUACAGUGAAAAUGAUGCUGAUUUUGGUGAUCAUGAAGUGAAAGGGAAACCUCAAGUACUUUGGGCUUUAUAUUUCAAUAUGAGAGAUACAUCAGCAGUUGACAGAAGCACAUAUGAAGGCCUUCCCAGUAACGUCUUUGUCUGCUGUGGACCUGAUGUUGCUCUUGGAUUUGAGCAGUCUGUUAAGCAGGCAGAAGAUAUCUUUCAUCAAGUCUGUCCAGGGGAAGAGUUCUGUCCCGCGGCUCCAAACCCUGAAGAUAUUAUCUAUGAUGGUGAUGGUGCGCAACCAGGAAGCUCUGGUUUUGGAACUUCUGCAGAAUCAGAAGCAGUUCAAGCAAAAGAAAAUACAAACCCCGAAUCUGAUCCCACAAAAGAUGGCAACAAUGAACUGGUAGAACCAUUGGAUAAUAGUGAAGUAGACAGACAAUCGCAAAUGGCCAACUCUGAUGCUGAAGAUUUGAAGUGUAAUAAUGGGAUGGAAAUUCCAAAGGAUGCAGAAUAAUGUAUUUUUGAAAGGUCAAAGUAAUGGCCCAUGGUGGUAUUUUGAAGUUGAUGCAAACUGAAAAAUGCUGUUAAUAUAUCAUAGUGAAAUUAUAGAGGGCAGCCUUUACAUCUUGCAAUGGUCCAACUAAUUGAACAUUCUAAUUCGACAGGCAGUAUAUCCAUACCUUACCUAAAUCAAUGCUGUAUUCUGUUGUGUAAAAGUAGUCCUAACAAAUAGAUCUAUUUUCAUCCACUUGCUGCUACUCUUCACUUUACUUCCCCAUUACCCUGAAAAUGGAUUAAUGUUGAGGUCUAUUGACACUAAUUAAAAGUAACCGAUCUUAAAGAUGGGUUUGGAGAAGAAUUGCCAAAAUAAGCUUUGCUUAAAGCAUGUGGAUGUUUAAAGACUAUUAACAUAUCUAAAAUUAAAAGCUACAGCUUGCUUUGCUGGAACACUUUUAUCACAAUACUGUUCCUAAAGAUUGGGUAGAACUCACUCAUGAUAAAUGAUGGAAAAUAUUUCUUUUGACAAGAAAUGUUCAAGCCAUUCAACGUUUUGAAAUAUUGUUUACUGGAAAAAAUAUUAAGUGCUAAUGUUACGUUAUGAAUAUACUUCAGAAAGCAGUGGCAGGUGCAAACAAUUUUCUCAGUGGAAAAUCAAAUAGGUCUAUAAUGAUAUGUGAUGGAAUAGCAGAUGUUUUGCAGAUCAAGGUACUAUUUUCCAUGAGUAAUGUGUUCAAUAUCAAAAACAUAUACUGUGCAAUAACCUGUGAAAAUACACCUCAUUUAAUGGUUAUGUAAACAAAAGUGAUUAAAAUGUUGCAAAAAA